UCUUGAGAGGGUAUUUCGUUUUUUCAAGGUCGCGCCCUAUUUCUAUUGCUCACUGAUUUACUCAAGUUAGUGUUCUAACGACCAUUUAAAAAUGUUUUAUAAACUUGCAUUACAAUCGAUACCACUUGUGUUAAAGUACGCGGAAGUGAAUAUCUCAGAGAUAAGCAGUUAAAUGUUUUCGUCUAGAAUUUUGUGAAGUUCUCGGUCAUGGUAAUCAGUGUUUUGCAUAUUGUGACUGGUAUUAUUCGAGUUAUCAGCAAAAAGAUAAUUAUAUCAACUGCUAUGAGCAUGUUUUCGACUGAGUAGAACGCAUUAAUGCAGUGCACAUAUAUAUUUCACUGUGGCUUCUCAUUACUAGAUUAUUUUUUGCCCAGAAAAAAUAAACUACACUGUUCAGACAGUACUUUUUAAGUUCUCGUUUCAAUAAUGGAGGUGAUUUGACGCAUCAUUUAGUGAUUUAAUGACAAAAUGGUCGAGAUAUUUCCUUCCGUCGUCCUGCAUAAAGAAACUAAAAUGAUUUAUUGCAAGAAUCAUUCUGUCUAGGCUGGUUAGAUGUUCUGUGUAUGAAUAAUAAAUAAGACACAAAUGCAUCUGAACCUUUCAGUCUAAUUAUUAAACAAAGGUAGUGCUGAUAUGUGUGUUGAUAUAAUUGGGAAAUAUUGCCUCUAUUGGAAUCCCUGUUUUAAGAACAGACGAUAUGGCGCGAAAAAGUAAGGACUCGGAUAUUCUCACAGUUCUUUCAAUCCGUCAGGGUUUCCUUUCAUGUACCAGGCUUCACGCCACUCUUAAUAUCUAAGCUUGUGAUUUUAAGUGUAGGUAUGUGGAUGGAUUACUGAUUGUAAGGAAAACGUUGCUUCAGUUUGUAUGCAUCGGAUUCCUCUUUGUUUUUUAUCACUUGCCGUGGUGUUGUAGAUCAAUAUUUCGAAACAAAAGAUAAUAUGUAGCUCAGAUUAAGCAUUUGAAUGUUUUAUUACAAAAAAUUCGUGAUUUUGGAGCAUGAACCUCUGAGCAAACCACGCAUAUACAUUUGCAAUUAUAUUCCGUUUAUUUCACGAACGCGUCCAUUAGUUCUGCAUCUAAAAUGCUUAUUAAUGUAAAUGUGAAGUUACCAAGAUUUUUGUCAGUCUUGUGGAGCUAGGUAGAUCAGUCAUUCAACGAGGCUUCUGUCCGAAAGAGUGCAUGAACGUUACGCUAAAUGGCUAUGCAGUGAUGAAAGUGGUUCUGUAGGGUGGGCAUUAAUUAAACAUUUUGUUUGCACUGGUCAGUUUUUCUCAAUAAUCUCUUUCUUGAAAGUUAUCUACAGGACCACAAGUACCCUUCAAAAUCGUUAUCGGUCUGCCUCAUGUGUAGUCUUGACGCUUUAGCUAUCUAACAAACAAAAAACUCGAGCUGUGCAUACAGAAGGAACUUGUUCAACUUCUUUUCUUGUUUUUAAAGUAUUCACGUUACAAAAUGUUUUCUGAAAAGUUCUCUUUCUCACGUAAUAUUACUUUUUGUAUUUCCGUGCUUAUUUUGAUGACGAUUCAUUCCUUAAGUAUUUUGUCUUAUUCCACAGAAUCUUAUCUGUAGUUGUUCAUCUUUAUUAUGGCCGCAUCAAAUUUUGAUUGAUACUUGUUAAUCUUAACUUGACAUUUAUUUUACUAGUUAUAUAUUCUUAAAUUCAAAACUGUCGGAUACAUUGAUGAAAUAGGUUGCAUGUAGUUGUUCAGUUGCAGUAAGUGAGUUCACUGAAGAGUAUGUUAUCUAAAGCACGUGUUUUAUCUUUAUAUGUGGUUUAUCCAAGUUGUAUUUUCAUUCCUAAUGAUCUGUUGACCUUCAAUUGUUUCUGUAAAUUGUUUAAUCUUCACACCUAUAAUAAUAUCUCUUGUUAUUCCUUGUAAAAUGUAUUUUUAGCGCAGUGUACAGAUGAUGGUGCAGUUUCUAGUAAUUGUACACCAUAUCGGUCAAAUGAGGUAACUGCUGUUGCAAUCUGUUCGUUUUCGUUUAAAAUUGCUUUAGCUGUUAAAGUGUUUUAAUUUGUAGUUAUACAUUCUAAAUGUUCCUUUUCAUUUACUUUUCCAACAUUUUAAUCUGACGAAGCACUUCAGGUCGAAAUUGUUUACAAUGUCAAAUGAAACUAAAAAGGCUGAAGUGCCACCUUCUAUGAAGUUUGUAUUAGGUGGAACUGCUGGAAUGUGCGCUUCUGUGUGUGUUCAACCGUUAGAUUUGGUCAAAAAUCGAAUGCAAAUGAGCGGUGUUGGAGGAGGUGCUAGUGCUGGUCAACGCAACAGCUUUCAGGUUCUUUUAUCAGUUAUACGCAAUGAAGGAUUUUUUGCAAUAUAUUCAGGCUUAUCUGCUGGUCUACUACGUCAAGCCACCUAUUCAACUGCGCGUCUGGGUAUAUACACAAAUUUAUUUGAACAGUAUUCAAAGCUUAAGCAUGAAUCGCCUAACUUUUUCAUGAAAAUUGGUAUAGCUGUUUCUGCUGGAGUAUGCGGUGCAUUCAUUGGUACACCGGCUGAGAUCUGUUUAAUUCGAAUGACAUCAGAUGGCAGAUUACCACCAGCAGAACGUCGAAAUUAUUCCAAUGUGUUCAAUGCCUUGAUACGGAUCACUCGUGAAGAAGGCUUACUUACAUUAUGGCGGGGUGCAAUUCCUACAAUGGGACGAGCAGCUGUAGUUAAUGGUGCACAGCUAGCCACUUAUUCUCAGGCUAAACAGAAAAUUCUAGAAACGGGUUAUUUAACUGAUGGAUUAGGUGUACAUACACUGGCUAGUCUAUUAAGCGGUUUUACCACAUCUGUAUUCUCUUUGCCUAUUGAUAUUGCAAAGACAAGAAUUCAGAAUAUGAAAAUUAUCGAUGGAAAACCGGAAUAUAAAAAUAUGGGGGAUGUUAUUUUACGUGUAAUACGCAAUGAAGGUUUUCUGUCCUUAUGGAAAGGCUUUACACCAUAUUUCCUACGUAUUGGACCACAUACUGUGUUGACAUUCAUUUUCUUAGAACAACUAAACAAUGCGUAUAUUAGAAAUGUACUAGGCGAUAAAAGUGGUCAACGAGCUGGUGGACUUUAACGCUGUUCCUCUCAUCGUCACUUUUUUACUUUGCCACUUUAUAUGGCAUUUAUAAUUAUUUUGGAAUAUAUAUACUAAUGUAUGUCUACUAGUUGUGGUGCAUUCCCUACUUUAUUUUGUUGUCUCCUCCUUAAAAUGCCUUAAAAUUAUAACACCCGCCUCCGGCCCUCAGUGUUUAUACUUAAACAAGUAUUUUGUUACGUUAUCAUUUGUGUUUUUUUGUUGAAUGUUCAAUGUGAGUGAGUGCUUUUUCAAUGUGUUGUCUUCUUUUUUAUAUUUUAAUUCUUUUUCCAAUGUUACCGAUGAUGAUGUUGAUGACGAUGAUUUUUGAAUUUGUUUGUUUCUUUGUUUACUUUCUGACAAAAUGUGUUAUAGUUUCUUUCUAAUGCAUGUAUACAUCCUUAAAUUUCACUGAGGACAAUGAUGACAAUUCGAAAUUUGUAUGUUUUAUUUCAUUCGACAUUAUUUUUGUUAGCUUAUAUCUAUCUAUCUUAUUUUCCCCUCAAGGGUGUUUGUAGAAUAUUUAUUAAUUGAUAGCUAGACUGACUGACUGACUGACUAAAUAACUAACUAACUAACUAGGUGAUAUAACUGUGAUGAUUACAGUGAUCUGGUUAGCCACUGUCUGCUGACUGGUAGACCGUGAGACUAGUCAAUACUUCAAUGGUGGUUGAUUCGGAUCCUGUCGGAAGAUCUCAUCUCUUUGGUAUGACAUGAACAAUGAAUUACUUGUUGUUUUUCUUUUCUAUGAAUGCAUUGUGUUAACAAACAAAACAAACACUUUGUUUUUUGAAGUUUAUUCAAUGUGUACAAUGUUUAUUUGUUUAUUUAUUUUUUUUAAAAUUUUGUCUAUUUGUUUUAUUUACAUCGACGAAGUUUAUUCUAAUUGUUUCCUUUUUGAAUUUUCUGUAUUUCGCCUUUUUUCUUCUUUUUUGUUGUGUGAUGACGACAUAAAACUUAUCG